CCCCCACCCCCCCCCCCCCCCCCCCCUCCUCCCCCCCAUCCUCCCACACCCCGCCCCAACCCGCUCUCCUCCCUUCCCUCUCCUCCCUUGCCUCCUCUCUCCUCCUCCCCUCCCUCUCCUCCUCCC